UGCAUUGUCCCUGUUUCAAAUAAAUACAUUUACAUUCGAUUUAAAAGCCUAAAAAUAUAUAUUUUAUAUAUUCACAUCAUGUUACACAUUGUUGACCUUGUUGUGUUGAUUAAAUAAAGUUUUUAAAGAAUGAUUAGUGUUGGUUGUUUCCAGUCUUGAUGUUACACACUCCCGUCACAAGAUGGCGGCAGGCUGCUUUAAGCUCUGGUUUGGAGCCCGCCCAAAAACAAGGUGAAGAAGAGGAAGAGGAAGGGCCAGUCAGCUGGUAAACAGACAGGAAACUUUCUUCACAUGUUCAACAUGCUGCAGACUUCUUCAUGACUGCCAAGUUUGAUUUAAAGUCAGCUUCUUCAUCUCUCUGAAGAGGAGAUCUCAACACUUCAGGAGGACCAGGAGACCUCAAGAUGGCUGCAACACCAAGACCAAGAUGGAGCAAAAACCUCCCUCCUGAUCUCUCUGAAUUAAUGAACAAACUUAUUAAUCAUUCAGCUUCAUUCAUCAGAGAGUUUGACAGCAGUAAACAGAAGAUGAGAGCGAUUGCAGGAGAGUUUAGGGAGAUCGCUGAUGAAGUCAGAAAGAUGCCGAAGAGAACAAAUGAAGCCAGAACACCACGAGAUAUUGCUAGAGCAAUAGUUAUGGGAGCAGGAGUAGGAAUAGCAGUCAUGGCCCUUGCAGCUCCGUUCACUGGGGGGGCUACUUUAGCAGUAGUAGGACCGUUAGCAGUAGCAGCAGGAGCAGCUGGAGGAGCUGGAGCAGCACGAGCUGUACAUGUAAUGAAAAAUAAGAAAGAUAAAAGAAGAAUGAAGAAAGUAAAACGGCUGGAGAAAGAGUUCAUGAAGAUCGUUGAACCGCUGAAGAAGGACCUGGAAGAAAUAAAGAGGAUGUGUGAGAAGUUGGAGCAAAGAUCAGCUGGAGAUCAGGCUGGAAAGACUCUGGCAGACAUGGAGGACUUUCAGAAGAUUAUGACACAAGUGUCGGGGAGAAAGAGUGAAAAAGUGAGUGAGUUAUCUGAUGGCUGUCAGAAUGUUGUUGAGGACUUUGAUCAGAUGAAAGAUGAACUCAAAGACUUCACUGAAAAGUGAAAUAUCAAGUUACGGAGAAGGGGUGGAUGGAGCAACAAGGCAGACCUGCUAGUUCUUUCAGGGAAUGAUUGUAAAGAUUUACUAAUGGCGUUUACCCGCUGCUAGUACCCAACCCGGUCUCACGCCAGGUCGUGUAAUAUAUACGUUAUUUUGAUUCAUAGAUUCGUGUACAGGUUACGAUUUUGACGUUUUCUUCGUGUAUAUGCAACGACUUUUGAACGUGUACAGGUCACGCUUUUCGAACCUGCUCUGGGGACGCGACAACGGGGAAAUGAGGCGCCACACGCCGGCCAAAACAGCGGGACGGGCCGCCACUCGCCAUCCGCGGGCCGCCACUUGCAGGACAUGAUCCCAGGCCGCAAAUGAAACACCACAACGGGGAAAUGAAACGCCACAACGGGGAAAUGAAACACCACAACGGGGAA